AUGCAUGCUUAUUCUUUAGUAUAUUAUUAUGUAAUUAGGAAUUACUUAAAGAUCAUUUAUAGAAUGGAGUAAGAGCUCUUGAUAUUGGUUCUGGUAGUGGAUAUUUAUGUGCUGCAAUGUUUCUGAUGAUGAAAUAAUAAUAAUCAAAAGUAAUUUGAGUGGAACAUGUUCCAGAAUUGGUUGAAAAAUAUAUAAAAAAUUUAAGUUUGUAAUAAUAUAAAUAAUUUAGAUAGGUCUUACAAUAAACAGUUAAAAGAUAAGCAAAUAUAAAUUAUUAAAGAAGAUGGACGUUUAGGGUUUGAGUAAGAAGGUCCAUAUUAAGCCAUUCAUGUUGGUGCUGCAGCUGAAAUAAUACCAUAAAAACUAUUAGAAUAAUUGGACAAAGGAGGUCGCAUGGUAAUACCUGUUGGUAAAGGAAACUAAGUUUUUUAAGUAAUUGAUAAGGAUUAAAAUGGGAAAAUCAAUAUCUAAAAUGUUCUGGGAGUUAGAUAUGUUCCUCUGACUGAUUUAAAUAAGCAACUGUAUAAUUGA